CCCAAACCCCAUAGCAACUAAGCUGCAGUUUCCAAAGUAUAUCAGCAUCUUCUUCUCUUUCCCCUUAGCCCACUCCUCCACUAGGGUUCUCCGCCACCCCCACCCCCACCCCCCUUCUUGAACCUGACCCCCCAACCACUCAAAUCUCUUAAAAGUCAUAGAUCUAUCAUGUAUUUAAACCUCACCCAAGAACUCAUAAAUAUACUUUCCCCCUUAAUUAACACUAGUUGACUCAUGUCAUGUGCAAUAACAUUUUCUUGAUUUUUUUUUUCCACUUCCCAAUAUGAACCAAAAUCAUAGUCGCUUAAUUUCUACUAGAUCUUUACACAUCAUUUUCUUCUUCAAUCUUUAGCAUCCCCACCUUAAAAAUCUUGUCUUUUUUUUUUUUUGUAUUUUCAUCAUUGGCAAAAUUAUUUUUGAUUAUGCUAUAUAGGUAUAAUGAUGAAGAGGACAAUGCGACCAUUGUUCAGUGUAUUACUGUUAAUAGCUGUGGCAGCUACACUUGCUGUUAGAGUUACACUUCGUAACAGCUCUAUUGAGCUAAAAAAUGAAUACCCUUUUGCUAAAAAACCAAUAUUAAAUGAGACAUUAUUGAAAUAUGCAUCUAUUGAUAUUGGUGAACCCCAGUUGAAAAAAGAUGUUGAGGAGUUAGUAGAAGGUAAUUUUAGAUCAGGCCAUAACAGGCAUAGAUCAUUUUUAUCUUCUGGAAAAUAUAGAAUAGAUAUAAGGCCAAGAACAGCUAGAGGUAUACCUGUACAACUCCGGUCACCGGAGUUUUAUCGCCUUUGGCAAAGUUUUAGAAGGCAUUUACAAGAUUGGUAUAGAAAUAGAAAGGUUUAUAAGGAUGUUAUGGUGGAUUUGGUGAAUACAAUGGGAUUAAAGAAGAGAUAUAAAUCAUGUGCUGUUGUAGGAAAUAGUGGGAUUUUGUUGAAAAGUGUUUAUGGUGAGUUAAUUGAUACUCAUGAAGCUGUAAUUCGAUUGAAUAAUGCGAGAACUGCAGGGUUUGAACAUAGAGUAGGUUCAAAAACUACUCUUUCAUUUGUGAAUAGUAACAUUUUGCAUCUUUGUGCAAGGAGGGAAGGUUGUUUUUGUCAUCCAUAUGGAGUGAAUGUGGGGUUAGUUAUGUAUAUAUGUCAGCCCGUGCAUUUCUUGGAUUACAUGGUGUGUAAUUCAUCGCACAAAGCACCGUUAAUUGUAACUGAUUCGCGCUUUGAUAUGUUGUGUGCUAAGAUUGUGAAGUAUUAUUCGUUAAAACGAUUUGUGGAGGGAACCGGGAAGAGUCUUCAAGAAUGGGGUCCUGCUCAUGAUGGAGCUAAUUUCCAUUAUUCUUCUGGUUUUCAAGCUGUGAUGCUUGCUUUAGGUGUUUGUGAAAAAGUUAGUGUUUUUGGAUUCGGGAAAUCCACUUCAGCUAAGCAUCAUUAUCAUACAAAUCAGAGGGCUGAGCUGAAGUUACAUGAUUACGAUGCUGAGUAUGAUUUCUACCGCGAUUUGGUGGAGAGACCACAGGAAUUACUCUUGGAGAUUCUGCAAGAUGGCACAGUUCGGAAAGUCUUUGCAACAGAUAUCACAUUGGAGUAAUCCAAGAAGUGGAUGUUUCAUUUGGCAUUGUCCUCUGUCGUAGGAAGUCGUGUUCCUGUCAUAAAUAACUGAUUUAAGUUAAUGAUAAAGGAUCUGUGGAUUUGUGAUCUUCGGUCCGCUGUUCUAUAAUGCUCAGUGUAGAGUGUGAGCCCCCGACCCACCCACACACAAAGACACAAAGAGAAAAGGAAAAAGAAAGAGAAACAGCACAAGACAAAAAGAGCAUAUGCUCUCCCAUGAGCCUCCUCAAGUAUUGAGAUAAGGCAUGAAAGGGUUUUACUUUGUAUUUUUGUUUUAGGAUGUAGUCGCUCUUUCUAUUUUAUUUAAUAAUCUGGCAAAAAAGUUAUGUUAGCCAUGAAACACUGUGAUACAGAUGCCCUGUUCAUGCUCCUACAUAUUUGACUCUAUUGUUUUGCAGGCAAGCUACAUUCUGGCUUUCCAUCUUUUUAAGCCAGUCACGUUUAAGUCUGUCCCUUGGUCUUAAAUAAACGGAAAGUUUGCUGCAA